AUGCCGAAAACCUACGCUAUGCGAUUGCUGUUCCAGAAGAACGAAUUGAACCAGGUGACCACGCAAUGGGAGAAGAGGUAUAUUUCCGAUAUUGCCAAAUUGGGAGGUCGAGUGACUCGGCUCAACAGCGCACCAGCUGCUGCCGGUACAAACAGCUUCAUCUACCAUGUGACAAUGCCCGACAAGUCUGCAGGCAUUGAGACGGUCAAGUUUGGCCCAAAGCGGUUGGAAAAAUUGGGCAAGCUUGAAGGUGGUUGGAUUGUGCCUGAUAAAUGA